AUGUCGGAGCUGGUCGACGUUGGAAGUGCCGUUCGAUUUAGGGACUGGUACAGCUAUUAUGGCCAUAUCUUCCAGAAUAUAUCGACGGGCACGUGUAGUGAGUCUCUCGCCGCCUACAUUGCCGACCAUCAACAGUUCGUCACACCGACAUGCGACCUUCACGUCGACUGCAUACUCGAAGCAACCUCCGAAAGCCUCAAAGCAAAGAUGGCCUCUGCUGCCAUUUUCCUCGGUAUCCUGCCGUCUGUACUGUCCAUGCUGGGUCCAUCCAUGACCCAGCUCGCCCUCCUGUCUGCUCGCCGACCUAUCCUUUCACUCUUGAUUUCGGUUGGCAGCCCGGGUUUCUACCUUGAACGACUCUGCCGCCUCGAAUCUCCCACCCAAAUUCUGUCCAUCGUACAAGGCGAGCGGUUUAUACCCAGGCUCAAGAGCUCAAGAUGGGGAGUAGUGGUGGGAAUAGCGGAGUACAUCUUUGUGGCAGGUUCCGUGCUCAAUGUAAUCAACUUGGCUGUCAGGGUAGGCGAUCGGACCAUCAUGAGCUUCCGAUGCAACACCUGGUUCCUUCCGCUUAUAUGGGUCUUCUCCAUAACCUUUCUCUUCAUCGUCGUCGCGAUUCCAUUUCAGUUCUCGGCUAUCGCCAAACACAUUCGGAACUGCACCGUCGAAAAGAUACGUAUGUCUGUUGACGCGGGACGGGGAAGCCCGGAAGAUGCGCAGUGGUCUCCGCCCUCCUCAAGGACUGAGUGGCGCCCUUCUUCCACGGUCAAUGUCGGAACAGUCAGGCAGAACAGCGGCUUGUCAAUCUCCCAGUUCGUGAUCAGAGAGCUGACGCCGGGUAUGCGACAUCCUGCUGUGAGAAUCCACGAGCUUCCCGAGUUUGAGCCAUGGGUGGCAUUCUUGUUUAAUGUUGGGUACCUUCUAGCUGCAUUUCACGUCCUUUUAGGCACUUGUUGGUUUUCCUCUAUUCUUUUUGUGUCUCCAAUAGAUGCCAUUGGCGUCAUCAUGAGAUUUUUCGGUUCUGCUGCGGCGUGCAGGCUUGUUGUUAUGGUAGAACUUGCUAGUAUGAAAUCACAAGAGUUGCCGCAAGACGAGAAAUGA